UAAUCUAAUUUCGUCUUCUCUUUGGAUAUCUUAGUCAAUUUACAUAUUUAAAAAGUUGAAGAUAUGGGGAAUGCAAACGGAAGAGAAGACGGAGCCAACGGUGGUGUCGACGAUCUAUCCAGAAGAUCCAAUGGCGGCGAGCCCGUAGUUCUAGGAGCCGCUGCAGUUGGAGUUCGCGUGCCAUCGUCUGAUUCAAUGGUGAAUAGGCCGCCGCAGAGUCCUCACCGGUCUCAGUCUCCUCUUUUGUUCGCUCCUCAGGUUCCUGUAGCUCCCUUACCAAGAGCUGAUGGUCAUUCCUUUUUCAACCAAACACGGCAGCAUGAGUCUCUUGUGGUUCCUGAUAGUCCAUCCGAGAAAGGAAUCCCUGUCAUUAUUACAUGGAAUUAUGGUGGUAAUGAUGUGGCCGUGGAAGGUUCUUGGGACAAUUGGAGAUCAAGGAAGACAGUACAGAGGGCAGGUAAGGACCACUCUAUUCUUUUGGUCCUUCCAUCUGGCAUAUACCAUUACAAGUUCAUUGUUGAUGGUGAUUGGAGAUAUACACCUGAUCUGCCUUUUGUGUCUGAUGAUAUGGGCAACGUUUGUAAUCUUCUUGAUGUUCAUGUAUAUAGUGUAACUGAGUUUGAGGCUCCAGCAUCUCCAAAUUCGAGUUAUGGCCAGGCACUUCCAACUGAAGAAGAUUUUGCAAAGGAGCCUGCUGUAGUUCCAUCCCAGCUACAUGUAACCGUCCUCGGUUCAGAUAGCCAAGACGGAGCAUCAUCCUCGAAGCCUCAACAUGUGGUACUUAACCACCUUUUCAUAGAGAAAGGAUGGACAUCACAGUCUGUUGCUGCCCUUGGAUUGACCCAUAGGUUCGAGUCCAAAUACGUGACUGUUGUACUCUACAAGCCACUCAAAGGGUAAUAUGUACAUCCCCAUGCCCGACUCUGUAAAGAAACCAAAGUAACUUUCACAUUUGUUGGUGAAGAAAGUACUUUGUUUUAUAGACCGUGCUUCUACACUUUUUAACGUGAACAACAUUAACUUGGUUUGUAAA